AUGACGACUAAACCAUUCAUGGGAACUCGCAAUUCCAGAAGCCCUCCUCUCUACGCUGGACGGUUCUGCCUGACGGACGUCGGUGUUGUACCAAAGUUCUAUACGGGAUCGGACCAUCGCCUCCUCCGAGAAAGAUUUUCCUUCACAAGGAGAGCAGAGAAAGCCGCCAAGUUCGGAGGGAGAAAUCCCAGGACUAUCAUCAACUGGGAUCUCUUCGCUACGCUAGCCGGCUUUUGGGAAGAUUCCGCAAUGGACAACAUCGACGAGGAAUAUGACCGGCUUGUUGAACACCUUCACGACUGCGCGAAGAAGGCUGAGAGUUUUAAAACCACCAAGAGGCGCCUGUCUCUUGAAACUCUUGAGCUGAUACGCCAGCGUGGAGCAGCACGAGCCGCAGGGAACCAAGAACUCACGUCCGAGCUCGCAAGGCUUUGCAGAGAGGCGAUAAAGGAAGACCUUAAAGAGAGAAGAGCAGAAGUGCUGGCUGAAGCUGCAGAGGCGGGGAAAAGCAUCCGCUAUGCCCGUCGAGACUUCGCCAGUCACAAGACGAGGAUGACUGCUCUCCGGAACCCAAAGGGAACAGCAAUUGCAUCGAGAACGGGGAUGGAGAAAAUCAUCUACGACUUCUACUCUGAUCUCUUCGACAGCCAUGUCCACUUGCCUCCUCACCAUCUGAGGGAAAAUGGACAAGUCAUUCCAGAGGUUCUCCCGUCCGAAAUACGACAUGCUAUCAUGUCGGUAAGAAAUCGUACUGCACCCGGUCCCGACAGAAUAGGACAAGAACACCUGAAGAGCCUUCCGCCAGUACUCAUCAACACCCUGGCGAGGCUCUUUACACGUUAUCUGUCGGAAUGCAAGGUUCCUAAACCGUGGAAGACCAGCAAGACCGUGUUGUUGUAUAAAAAGGGAGAUCCACAUGACAUCGGCAACUAUCGUCCAAUCUGCUUACUGUCCGUCAUCUACAAGCUCUUUACAAGAGUGAUCCUUAAUAGGAUUGAAAAAGUCUCGGAUGAAGGACAGCCAUGCGAGCAAGCAGGGUUUCGAAAAGGAUUCAGCACGAUUGACCACAUUCACACUGUUUCGAAACUCAUCGAGGUAUCACGAGAGUACAAGAUGCCGCUCUGUCUCACCUUCAUCGACUUGAAAAAGACCUUCGACUCAGUUGAGACGGAAGAGGUCGUGGAAGCCUUGGACAAUCAAGGCGUCCCUACUCAGUACAUAAAGGUACUUCGAGAGUUAUACAGAAACUUCACGACCAGAAUUUCGCCAUUCUACAAGAACAUCAUCAUUGACGUGAAGAGGGGGGUCCGACAGGGUGAUACAAUUUCACCCAAAAUAUUCACAGCCACCCUCGAGAACGCAAUGCGAAAGUUGGAAUGGGACGACAUGGGAGUGAAGGUUGAUGGUCGGCAGCUACACCAUUUGCGCUUUACUGAUGACAUCGUACUGAUAACACCUAGCAUCAGCCAAGCGGAACGAAUGCUGACCGAAUUCGACGAAACAUGUGGAUGCAUCGGUCCUCAGCUGAAUCUACAAAAGAAAUCUGUUCAUGCGCAACGGAUGAGUCUCGGAUGCCCCAUUCACGCUCAACGGAACGAACAUAUCCGAAUGCACCAGCUACGUUUAUCUGGGUCGGGAAUUGAACAUGAUGAACGACCUGACCUCCGAGCUGGGCAGGAGGAGAAGAGCGGCUUGGGGAGCAUACAAUAG